CAAAAAACGUGGAGCAAGAAGUAAAUUUGAAGAAGUGGAAAGUUUUUAAAACAAUGUUGGAAAUUGGGACCCAAAGAGAGCAGCGAGAAAAACGGUGGGGAGGGGGAGCGGUUCAACGGCAGUAUUUCCCGGCUAAAUAAGAUUGUGAUCCCCCAUUUACCUUUCCAACCACAUUCUUCUUCCGUACAUGCUGCCCCAAGAGUUAGGGUUCGAAUUGGCUGAUUGUCUACUUGUCCCAUCUUUCAAGGGGAGGAACAAUGGGAAACCCGGAAACUGUUUCUGCUCUUUUUACGUGUGUAUUGUGCAUUUCUGGUAAUUAGGUAUAGUCGGUCAUUGCACAUUGCCUAGAGGGAGAGUGAGAGUGAGAGAGAGAGCGAGGAAGCGGGGAUAGUUAGAUUCCGAAAGAAUGAGCGCUUCAAGAUUCAUCAAGUGUGUGACGGUGGGUGAUGGUGCGGUUGGAAAGACAUGCCUCUUGAUUUCCUAUACCAGCAAUACCUUCCCCACGGAUUAUGUGCCUACUGUGUUUGAUAAUUUCAGUGCCAAUGUUGUCGUCAAUGGAGCCACUGUUAACCUAGGCCUGUGGGAUACUGCUGGGCAAGAGGACUAUAACAGAUUAAGGCCUUUGAGUUAUCGUGGAGCUGAUGUUUUCAUUCUGGCAUUUUCUCUUAUCAGCAAGGCAAGCUACGAAAAUGUUUCCAAGAAGUGGAUUCCCGAAUUGAAGCAUUACGCUCCUGGUGUCCCUAUAGUUCUUGUUGGCACAAAACUUGAUCUUCGGGAUGAUAAGCAGUUCUUUGAAAAUCAUCCAGGCUCUGUACCAAUCACCAAUGCACAGGGAGAGGAGCUGAGGAAAUUGAUUGCGUCUCCGUCUUAUGUUGAAUGUAGUUCAAAAACACAAGAGAAUGUGAAAGCAGUUUUUGAUGCUGCCAUUAAAGUUGUUCUCCAGCCACCCAAGCAAAAGAAAAAGAAGGGAAAGGCUCAAAAAGCCUGCUCGAUAUUGUGAUCAGCUUGAGGUGAAGAUAUAUGUCCACCUCUCGUCGUUCCACACCAUCUACGUCCUUUUCUCUUCCUUUUGCGUAAGAAGUAGGAAAUCGCCGUGUAUUCCUUUGCCCAAAGUACUAUUGAUCUAUGUGAAAGUGCAUGUGGCUUGAAUUCUACAUAGUGCUUUUGGUUUUGAAUUGCUAGGUCGCACUUUUAGGCCACUUCCUGUUUUCCUUCGUUUUUGUUUAUGUAUCGACCAGACAUAAAACUCCUAGUAUUGAUGCUUGUUGAAUUGUUUCUUCUACUUAA